AUGCCUCAAUAUUUUCAAAUCCUGCGCUUAAUCUUGCGGGCUCUUGAGUCUGCUCAGAUUGUAUUUUCACUAGAAGGCGUGGUCUUUGGGUCAUGCCGGCAGCCCCUCAAGAAGGCUCCUGGUCUCAGAAAACCGUCUGCACAGAUUUGGUUGUCGGAAACGAUGGAGCAGGAUGCCACUGGGUUAAAUGAAUUGUCAGAAGAGAGUAAGGUCAAGCAUGCCAUCACAGAAUUCAAGUCUAAUUCACAGCAAGAGAUGCAGUAA